AUGAGCGUCGAGUUUCGCGCGCUGCACGGCGCGGAUGCCGCGGAGCGUGGCUACCUGAAUCUGCUAGCCAGCACCCUGUCGCUGGAGAAGGAGGUCGAGAAGUACUACCUCCGCGAAGAGGCGCUCAUCCGCGAACGUGUCCUUCUGCUCGAUCAGAUACAGAGCAAUAUUGCUGACGAGCGGCGCUGCCUGGAAAUCGACCAUCAAGAGUGCCGCUCGCAAAUCAGCGCUGCGAGGAAAAGUCACUUGACGCUGCAGUGCGACGAGACAAAGUUCACACAAAUGCUCGGCCGCACCGGCACCCUGCUGGACAAGGAAGAUGCGGAGCUGGAUGAGCGGCUGGCGCGUGCGGAGGAGCGGCUGCGAGAGGAAGCACAGGAGUUGGAAUUUUUGGCCGAGCGUCACAAUCGCUUUGAGAAGGAUGAACGUUUGUUAGAGCGUCGUGAACUGCAGCAGUUCAACGCGGCGCAGGACCUGGAAAAGGCGUUGCGUGAACUCACUGCACUCGAAAACGAUAUUGAUGACCGCAAGAGAGCUUUGGAGAAAAAGAAUGAGAACAUUACGCUCUGGAAUCGUUCGUUAGAUAGCCGCGAGAAGGAGCUCGCACGGUGCCAAGAUGAGUUCAGAGAAGACUUGCGCCGUCUAGAGAAAGACGAGAAACGAUUUGGCAUCCAUCACGCGUGCAGCACCGUGGUGCCUCUGGUUUCGCAGCGCGAGGUUAUGGACGACUAUAACAUGACUAUCGAAAAGGACAGCCAGUGCGAGGAGAUUGAUAUUGAGGAUGAGGACGAUUAA